AAUACUAAUUAGAUUGUAAAGAUAUAAUUUACAUUAUCUAGAAAUUAUAGAAUAUAAGAACUUGACGAUGUGUCAUCUUUUAUUCUGCACACCAGUUAAGCUUCAACAUGUGGCGAGUAAACUUGAUAGUUGUUGCCGCGUGUCUUUUUUCAUCAUGCUUGAAUGCAUCACUGGCAGAAACAGCAGUGGAUUCCAGAACCCCACGGCUUACAAAUCCCACAUACUUCCGAACGUCAUGGCUUUAUGGACCAGCGGCGUGGAUAUGGAGCAAAUUAUAAGCUCCCCUGGUGUGGCAAUCCCACUCGGCCUGACUGGCAAUGAAGAUGUGGCCAUCAUAGUCCAUGGACGAGAAAGCAGUGUAUAUAGUGAUUUUGUAAAUACUCUCCGAUUUUCACUUGCUAAUGCAGACAAGACCAUGGUUAUCGUCAUGGUAGAUUGGUCAUACCUCUCCUAUUCUUCGUAUGAACAGGCUGUGUCGGUCGUACCCUCAAUUGCAACUGAACUACGAUCCUUCAUAGGGUUGAUAGCCAACUUGAACCCGUCUCGCCUUCACCUCAUUGGAUUUGAUCUGGGAGCUCAUAUCGUGGGCAUAGCUAAUAGAAACGCUGCCACUACGGCUCGAGCUGCUAAAAUCACAGCAUUGAGCCCCGCUGGCCAACGCUGGGGCUCCGGCACCCUGCGUCUUAGGGCCAAUGACGCCACCACCGUGGAAGUAAUCCACACUGAUACAACUGGAGCAAGGGCUUUUGGCACCCCUGAUGCCCUUGGCACAAUAGACAUCUACCCGAACGGAGGGACUAGGCAGUCUGGCUGUGCGGCCAGUGAUAACGCUUGCAACCAUAAUAGGGCCUGGGAGUUGUUCGCGGCGACCGUGGACACUGGUGGACACUUGAUGGCUCUGCGAUGCGACUCUAUUACGGAAGUCAACAACAAUCGGUGCACGGGGACACCGCCGGUGAUCAUGGGGACGUUAGCGCUUCUUAAAAUGCAGAGGGGCCUUUAUCGGGUGAACACUGGAAACACUUACCCUUUCAGUGCUUGAAUGAAGUCAUUUUCUUACAUAAGGUACAGCGGGGCAAAUCUCGACCGGGGGGCAAUUUUAACUGAUUCAUU